CCGCGUUUCCGACCGUGCCUAUUUCGAGGGGGGACCAAGAUGGCGGCGGCCAGGACAGCCCGGUAGCGCGUGGAAGCGGAAAGAAGGAAGUCGCGAGGGGCGAUGGCGGCGGCGGAGGCGGCGGGGAGGACGGUGCUGGUCCGUGGGCUGCCUCCUUCGGCGAAGGGCCCGGACCUGGAGCGGGAGUUCGGCCGCGUGGGCCCCGUGCGCAGGGCCGUGGCCGUCACCAAGCCCGGCAGCGAAGUCUGUCGUGGUUUUGGGUUUGUCACGUUCUCCUUGCCCGAAGAUGCCCAGAGAGCCAUCCAGGAGGUCACCUCUUUUGGGAACCGCAAGGUCACCGCGACGAUUGCGAAUCCCAAACCCAGGCAGAAAGGGAAGAAGAAAGCCGAGGCUUCUGAAGGCUCCCAGGAAGCGCAGAAGCCACCAAAGAAGAAAGGAGCGUCCAAGAAGGCCAGGCUGAUCAUUCGCAACCUGAGUUUCAAGUGCACAGAAGAGGACCUGAAGGGUGUCUUUUCUCCGUUUGGGACUGUGUUGGAAGUCACCCUCCCCAGGAAACCAGAUGGAAAGAUGCGGGGCUUUGCCUUUGUGCAGUUCAGAAAUAUCCUGGAAGCGGGGAAGGCCCUGAAGGGGAUGAACAUGAAGGAGAUCAUGGAGCGCCCGGUGGCCGUGGACUGGGCUGUGGCCCGAGAGAAGUACCAGGCCAUGCAAGCGGCGGCCUCUCCGGCCGGGCCGGCAGAGAAGAAGCCGAGCAAGGCCCCCCCGGAAGACCCUGGCGGGGGUGAGGACGAAGAGGAAGAGGAGGACAACGAAGAAGAGGGAGAAGGAGAAGAAGAAGAGGCUGUGGUGCCUCCUAAGCCAGUGAGGAGGGGGAGGUACUUUGAGAAGCCAGUCCCACCUGCGGAGAGCGAGGAAGAGGAGGAGGAGGAGGAAGUGCCCCGCAAUGCCAAGUGCUCUCGGGAACCAGAGGCUGAGAGCUCAGAGGAAGAUGCUGGAGACGAAGAAGAAGAAGAGAAAGGAGACAACUCGGAGGAGGAGGAAGAGGAGGAGGAAGAAGAAGAAGAUGCAGAGGCCUCCUCAAAGCCCAAGAAGGCCCGGAAGAAGCUCCCUUCAGACGUCAACGAAGGGAAGACGGUCUUCAUCAGGAACCUCUCCUUCGACACAGAAGAGGAGGAGUUGGGGGAGCUGCUGGAGCCCUUUGGGGACCUCAAGUACGUGCGGAUCGUGAUGCACCCCGACACGGAGCACUCCAAAGGUUGUGCCUUUGCCCAGUUCCUGACCCAGGAAGGUGCCCAGAAAUGCCUCCAAAAGGCCCAGGACGAGAGCGAGGGCGGGGGUCUGCUCCUGGGGGGCCGCCGCCUGAGGGUGGACCUGGCCGUCAGCCGAGAGGAAGCCCAGCGGCUGCGCAGCAAGAAGGAGAAGAAGCCCACCGGAACCAGGAACCUCUACCUGGCGAGAGAAGGCCUGAUCCGCGCUGGAACCAAAGCCGCAGAGGGCCUGAGUGACGCCGACCUGGCCAAGCGGGCGCGGUUUGAGGAGCUGAAGCGGCAGAAGCUGAAGGACCAGAACAUCUUUGUGUCUCGAACGAGGCUCUGCGUCCACAACCUGCCCAAGAGCGUCGACGAUGUCCGCCUCCGGGCACUGAUGCUGCGGGCAGCGGGCGGCAAGGGCCGUGGCAGUGUCCGGAUCAAGGAGUGCCGGGUGAUGCGGGACCGGAAGGGCCAGGGCCAGUCCCUGGGCUACGCCUUUGUGGAGUUCCAGGAGCACGACCAGGCGCUGGCCGCCCUGCGCCACACCAACAACAACCCCCAGCUCUUUGGGGACCACAAGCGUCCCAUUGUGGAGUUUUCCCUGGAAGAUCGCCGGAAGCUGAGGCUGAAGGAGCAGCGAGCACAACGCAGCCUGCAAAAGCUGAGGCAGAAGGAAGCCGCUCGGGCCGUCCCUGGGGCUCCUGAACCAGCAGCGCCCACAAACAGCGCGACGCCGGGGCCAAAGAGGCGGAAAAGGAAGCAGAAAGGAGCAGAAGGGGCAGCUCAGGGCCCCAAGGGACCCCCCGUCGCCACCGAGCAAAAGGGCCCGGCCGCAAAGAGGCCCAGGGAGAACCCCGUGGGGAAGUCCCCUCCCGCAAAAGGAGGCGCCGACGCCGGCUCCACCCCGUGGUCUGGGUUCCAGACGCGCGGCGUGGUGGAGCAGGUGGAGCUGCCGGACGGCAAGAAGCGGCGCAAGGUCCUGGCCCUGCCCUCCCACCGGGGCCCCAAGAUCAGGCGGUGCGAUAAGGGCAAGGUGAAGCUGCCCCCGGCAAAGAAGGUGGCCGUCCCCGCCCGGCCGCAGAAGAAGAGGCCGUCCCCGGAGGAGCCCAGGCAGGGGAGUGUCGCAUCUCAGCACUGCUUCGCCUUGCUCCAACACACAAACCACCACAGCAGGCUUGAGUCUUUUCAGUUUAUUGAAGAAAGACAGCGAAACUUAUUAAACAGCAGAAAAAUAAGCAAAAUCCAAUUGCGCCCAAGAAGAAGCAGCGCCGGGCGAGGGGCAGCCGGGCCGAGGCCCGUUUUGAGCAGCUGGUGGAGCAGUACAAGCGCCGCAUCCUGGUCAGCGGACAGAGCGGUCUGCCGGCCAAGCGGGGCAAGUGGUUCGAGAGCUGAGCUGCCCUGGACGGGAGGGACGGAGGGCUUUGCUUUCCCUUUUCCUCCUCCUCUGGACUCUUGGACUAAUGAGGGGUCUGCAACCCAGAGCAGCUCCCUGGACACCAAGGUGGCCUCUGCAUCUCAGCCUUCCCUUUGGAGAUCUUUGCGAAGGCCGGAAGCCAAAAAGGGCCACCACCAGAAGGGCCUCUUCCUCCGACUGGGAUCUUGGCAGAGAGAGAGAUGCCCGGUCAACGGAGGCCGGUCUGGAGCGAGGCUGGCCCUGCUCGGCACCCCUUCCCUGAUCCAAGUUCGUCGUGGGAGGGGUCUCCUUCCUUCCUGGGCUUCCCGAGUCCUGUUCAGAGCCUGCGCCUCUCUGGUUUGGUCCCCUGCGUGGCUGGAGACCUAUAUUUAUAUUUUUAACCAAUAAAGACUUCCAGGGUGGCUUUUUCCA